GACCGUAAGGGGUCCCCAAGCAAGGACAGGAAGCGGCACCGCUCCCGGGACAGGAGGAGGGGCAGCCGGUCCCGCUCCCGGUCCCGUUCCAAGUCCUUGGACAGGGAGCGGCGGCACAAAGAGCGCGAGCGGGACCGGGGGAAGAAGGACCGGGAGAGGGAGAAGGAGAAGGAAAAGGAUGGGCACCGGAGGGACAAGGACAGGAAGCGAUCCAGCUUGUCCCCAAGCAGGGGUAAGGACUCCAAGUCCCGCAAGGAGAGGGACUCACGGAAGGCAGAGGAGGAAGAGGAGAAUGCGCUGAAAAAGGAGAAGGCACAGCCCCUGUCCUUGGAGGAGCUGCUGGCGAAGAAGAAGGCCGAGGAGGAGGCAGAAGCGAAGCCCAAGUUCCUCUCCAAGGCUGAGCGGGAGGCCGAGGCGCUGCGGCGGCGGCAGCAGGAGGUGGAGGAGCGGCAGCGGCUGCUGGAGGAGGAGAGGAAGAAGAGGAAGCAGUUCCAGGAGAUGGGGAGGAAGAUGCUAGAAGACCCCCAGGAGCGUGAGCGCAGGGAGCGCCGGGAGCGCAUGGAGAGGGAAACCAACGGCACCGAGGACGAGGAGGGCAGGCAGAAGAUCCGAGAGGAGAAAGAUAAGAGCAAAGAGCUCCACGCCAUCAAGGAGCGUUACCUGGGAGGGGUGAAGAAGCGGAGGCGCACGCGGCACCUGAACGACCGCAAGUUUGUCUUCGAGUGGGACGCAUCAGAGGACACCUCCAUCGACUACAACCCGCUGUACAAAGAGAGGCACCAGGUGCAGCUGUUGGGACGGGGCUUCAUCGCAGGGAUCGACCUGAAGCAGCAGAAACGGGAGCAGUCACGCUUCUAUGGGGACCUGAUGGAAAAGAGGAGGACGUUAGAGGAGAAGGAGCAGGAGGAGGCCCGGCUGCGGAAGCUGCGGAAGAAGGAGGCCAAGCAGCGCUGGGACGACCGGCACUGGUCGCAGAAGAAGCUGGAUGAAAUGACAGACAGAGACUGGCGCAUUUUCCGGGAGGAUUACAGCAUCACCACCAAAGGGGGCAAAAUCCCCAACCCCAUCCGCUCCUGGAAGGAUUCGUCCCUGCCGCCCCACAUCCUGGAGGUCAUCGAUAAGUGCGGCUACAAGGAACCCACUCCCAUCCAGCGGCAGGCCAUCCCCAUCGGCCUGCAGAACCGUGACAUCAUCGGCGUGGCUGAGACCGGCAGCGGUAAAACAGCAGCAUUCCUCAUCCCGCUGCUGGUGUGGAUCACCACCCUGCCCAAAAUCGACCGCAUCGAGGAGUCGGACCAGGGGCCCUACGCCAUCAUCCUGGCUCCCACCCGAGAGCUGGCCCAGCAGAUCGAGGAGGAAACCAUCAAGUUUGGGAAGCCUCUGGGCAUCCGCACGGUGGCUGUGAUCGGAGGAAUCUCCCGUGAGGACCAAGGCUUCCGCCUGCGGAUGGGCUGCGAGAUCGUCAUCGCCACUCCCGGGCGUCUCAUCGACGUGCUGGAGAAUCGCUACCUGGUGCUGAGCCGCUGCACCUACGUGGUGCUGGACGAGGCGGAUCGCAUGAUCGAUAUGGGCUUCGAGCCCGACGUGCAGAAGAUCCUGGAGCACAUGCCUGUCACCAACCAAAAACCCGACACCGACGAGGCCGAGGACCCCGAGAAGAUGUUGGCCAACUUUGAGUCGGGGAAGCACAAAUACAGACAGGUGGGGGGAGCAGAAAUGUGGCCCCCGCAGUACAACGCCUGCACCCUGCACGGCGGCAAAGGCCAGGAGCAGCGAGAGUUCGCCCUCUCCAACCUGAAGGCCGGGGCCAAAGACAUCCUGGUGGCCACCGACGUGGCCGGCCGCGGCAUCGACAUCCACGACGUCUCCAUGGUGGUCAACUACGACAUGGCCAAAAACAUCGAGGAUUACAUCCACCGCAUCGGGCGGACGGGCCGAGCUGGGAAGAGCGGCGUUGCCAUCACCUUCCUCACCAAGGAGGAUUCCACGGUGUUCUACGACCUGAAACAGGCCAUCCUGGAGAGCCCGGUUUCAUCCUGCCCUCCCGAGUUGGCCAACCAUCCCGACGCCCAACACAAACCUGGCACCAUCCUCACCAAGAAACGGCGCGAGGAAACCAUCUUCGCGUGAGUCCCCGGGAUUGGGGUCCACCUUCUGACCCCCCUUUCUGGGGACAGCAGGACCACCGGCUGCUGCCGGGACUCUGCCGGCCGCCCUCGUCCCCGUGCUGCAGCCAGGACUGCCACCAGCACGCAAUGGGGCCGGGGCUGCCCCCAAACGUCCCCUCUGUGCGCCCACUCCCCCUCCCCGCAUCACCCGAGGACUCUUUGGGGUCGGGUUCCUCUUUGCCCCGCUCUUGGUGGGGUCGGGUUGGGGUCCGUGCGCUGGUUUGUGGUUGGGGCCGCGUUUCCCCCACCCCUUUUUUAGCCCAGGCUGCAAUAAAGCAGCAGCAGCAGCGUUGCCAGAUGCUGUUUCUCCA